AUGUCAGCGAAAAAACGAAGAUAUUCAUCAAGUUUAUCGGACGAGCCUGAUUUGGUUAUGGUACGAAAACAGUUAAAGAAAGCCCUGAAAGACGUUGAACGUCUCAAGAAAAAGAAAAAGAAAAGUUAUCAUUAUCCAAGAGCACGUGCACACAGAGAGAGCAGCAUCAACGUUUCCUCAAGUGGAAGCGAGAUGGAACGGGUUACGUCUCCGGAUUCGGAGAACUCCGAUCAGGGGAGUGAUGAAGAAGGAAGCCAUUCUUCGCAUCCCUCAAAACAACUGCCACCGGAGAUCCUAAGAAUCUUGGGCUCUCAAGGCCCCACGGCAGACAUUACGGGAGAGGCCAUCCACAAUGAAGUGGCGCAAGUUUGGAUGCAAGUCUUGCAAAAAGGACUUGGGGCGGAGGAAAUCAAAGAGCUACUGCAAAAAUAUCCUCUAAUAGCCAACUGCAAAUUGGUCGAGGCUCGAAAAUUGAACUUGGAAGUGAAAAAGGCCAUCACGCAGCAGCAUGUUGAGCGUGACGAAAGACUUGUUCGCGUGCAAACCCAAGUUGGCGCCGCAAUGGGGGCCGUUGGAACCGCUCUGACUCACUGCCUUAAAGAAGAAGGAAAAGCUUGGUCAAAAUUAAUUGAAUUAUUGGGCGAUGCAGGGAAACUUAUGGCGUCAGUACAUUUCGCUGAAUCACAAUCGCGUUGAAUCCUAGCUUCUACAGGAAUUAACAAGACAUUCAAGUCAACUUUGACCGAAACUCCGGUAGACGGCUGGCUCUUUGGUGACAAUCUGAGCGAAAGAAUGAAAUCGACUCGCGCGCUCGAGAAGACGUCACAGGAACUGAAGGUUUCUAAAGGAAAGGUCAACUUCCCAAAAGACCAACCUCAUUUAAACUCCAAGAGUCUGUCUCGACGAUACUUCCAGAAUCGAGGCAGACAGAAUCAAUCUCGGAGCAAACAGGAGCUAGGGAGGGGAGACCAAACACGACGGAAUUACAAGUACCGGCCUCGAGCCCCCAAAGCAGAUCAUUCGCGGAGGAAAUAUUAGAUAUAGAGUUUUACUGUGGUCGUUUAAAAUUUUUCAUCGAUCAUUGGCGUCAAAUAACGUUAGAUCCUACUCUCCUAUCACGGAUACAGGGCUACACAAUUCCUUUCCAUCACAAAACGUGCCAAAAAACACCACCGAAAGAACGAAACUGGUCUCCAAAAGAGAAAUCUGACAUUCAAAUUCAACUAAACAAAUUAUUGAAGUGUGGAGCAGUUCGGCAGUGCUCUGCCGAACGAAGUCAGUUUAUAUCAAAUAUAUUUCUGGUGCCCAAAAAAGACGGUUCCAGUAGGCUAAUUCUACAUUUAAAACACCUUAAUCAAUUUGUAAAUACUACCCACUUUAAAUUAGAAGACCACAAGACGGUUUGUAAAUU